UGCGUCAAUUCAACAUGGCAGCGCCCGUUACUGUGGGAGGGAUAGUGGAGCAAAACAUCACUGAAACGGAACAAAUAUUACCAGAAUCCACAUCUGGAGAACUGAAAAGACCUCAGUUCGGGACCCGUUUCCUGACAGACCCACGUCAAGUUUUUCAACAUAACGCAUGGGACAAUGUGGAGUGGACAGAGGAGCAAGAGGCAGCUGCCAAGAAGAAGGUCCAAGAAAACAGUCAGCCCCUCCCUCAAGAGAAGCAAGAGGAAUUUGAGUGCCGGGCGAACGAGUUCUGGAAUGAAUUCUACACCAUCCAUGAGAAUCGCUUCUUCAAAGACCGCCACUGGCUCUUCACAGAGUUCCCCGAGCUGGCCCCACAGUGUCGCCUCAACCGGGACUCCUGUAUUGGGGACCUUAGAGCUGAGGACAGUGAACCACAUGGUCUCGAACAGAGUCAGGGUCAAAGCAGUGAAGUCACCCCUCUGGCCCCUGUAGAUGGUGACUUCCCUGGAUCCAGUGCCAUGUAUCGCAUACUGGAGGUUGGCUGUGGUGUUGGCAACACUGUCUUUCCCAUUCUGAAGACCAACAAUGACCCUGGACUCUUUGUCUACUGCUGUGAUUUCUCCAGCACCGCUGUAGAGCUGGUCAAGGCUAAUUCAGAGUAUGACCCCGGGCGCUGCUAUGCCUUUGUUCAUGACCUGGGUGAUGAGGGAGCUAUUUACCCUGUCCCAGACGCCAGCCUGGGUGUUAUAGUGCUCAUCUUCGUGCUCUCAGCCCUGCAUCCUGACAAGAUGCAGGCCUCCAUCAGCAGACUGGCUCGGCUGCUGAAGCCUGGAGGAGUGCUGCUGCUCAGGGACUAUGGGCGCUAUGACAUGGCACAGCUACGCUUCAAGAAAGGAAGGUGUUUGUCAGAUAACUUUUAUGUCCGGGGUGAUGGAACACGAGUCUAUUUCUUCACUCAAGAUGAGCUACAUGACUACUUCAGUGAAGCGGGUCUGGAGAAGGUCCAGAACAUGGUGGACCGGCGGCUGCAGGUGAACAGAGGCAAGCAGCUGACCAUGUACCGUGUCUGGAUCCAAUGCAAGUACCGCAAGCCUCAUACCCAACCGCCAGAGACACAGGAGUGAGCCAGGAACAGCAGAGAGAACACUGUGGCUUAUCAUUGAACUAGUGUCUGAGGUAGAUGUGGGACUGCAACCCCUGGGAGGGAGAGAUAGAAUUGGAGAUGGAUUGAGGGGUGAUGUGUGUGCAAAGCAUUAGACAUGUUUUGCUAUUGGGUUCCCUCAGCCAUUUGUUUUCACAGCUCUGGCUCAGAAACGGCAUAUAGAAAAGGAUGAUGAGCUAAUGAAACCUGAAAAAAGGUCUGGAAACCCAAUGUUCUAAUGUUUACAUUCAACACUUUCAAGAUGAUUAAAAAACUAUGUGUA